CUUCCGCCCCUCCCCAAACUGCGAGUGCGCAAGCCCAAUAGCUCCGAUGCGAAUCCUUGUGUGGCGGUGAUGAGUUCAAUGUUGGGCUGCUGGGCAUCUCAAGGCUACACAACAGCAGGAUGCGCCACGAUAGAACAGCAAUUACGAGUGUGCAUGGACGCAAGGAAACCGGGAGCAGCAAAGAAGUCAACGAUCAACCACCAUCUCUCGAGAUUCUACCCGCAAAUCAAAGGACCGUUCAAGAGG